AUGGUCACCACCCGCUCCGCAGCCGCAGCUCAGGCGCGCUCACGAUCAGGCACACCAGUCACCCAGCCCACGCCACCUGCACCCGUCACCGCAACAGCCCCCAGCAUCGACCCCGUCUCAAAAACUCGCACAAUAACCCACAUGAACAAGGACCACACCGACGACAUGUCCGCCAUCCUGCGGCACUUCUCCCACCUAUCAGCCUCCCAGGCCGCCGACGCAGAGUUGCUCGACCUCGACCUCAAGGCCAUGACCAUCCGCUCCGCCUCGGGCGUGCACACCGUCCCCUUCGCCCCUCCCAUGGACAGCUGGGACGACCGCAGGGCGAGGCUGGUGGCCAUGACCGCAGACGCGAGGACGGCCCUGGGGCUCGACGUCGCCGAGGAGGCGAGCCACGCCCCCGCUCCAGCCCCGGGCUCCAGCUCCGGCUCCGGCGCACUGCCCGCGGCCCCGCGCUACGUGCCGCCGCAAGGCACGGACUGGAUCAGCUUCGCGGGCGUGUCUUUCUACUUCCUGUGCGCCGGCCUGGUCUACGGCGGGCUCGUGACCCCCGGGUCGCCGCCCUGGCGCGCCCUGGAGGCCGUCCGCUUCCCCCAGGGCCCCGUGGGCUUUAUCUGGAUCGUCGAGUCGAUCUUCCUCCUCGUGCUGGGCAUCCACGUUGCCGAGGCUUGGUGGAUGGAUCGCUCGCGUCUUGCCCCGGCCGGUGUGCCCCGCGGCUCCAAGGUGUGGUGCCUGUGGGUGGGAAACACGUUCCUGGAGGGCGUGCCUGCGUACCGGCGGUGGGAUCGGGUUGUCAAGGCUAAGACUAACUAG